GUUGUGGUCCCCGGCCCCUCACAGAGUUGGGGGCCUACAUGGGUUAUUCCAUGAUGGGAAUCUGAGGGCUGAAAGAAGGAACUUUGUAUCAGCUUUCUGCAGUUGCAUGCCAAGGUUCAGAAUGAUGUGGGAAGUAGCCGUGCUGCUCAGCGUGGCCCUGGGAACCGGUGCUGUUCUCGAGGACGAUCCUGAGGAUGGAGGCAAGCACUGGGUGGUCAUUGUCGCAGGCUCAAAUGGCUGGUAUAACUACAGGCACCAGGCAGAUGUGUGCCACGCCUACCAGAUCGUGCACCGCAAUGGGGUUCCCGACGAGCAGAUCAUCGUGAUGAUGUACGACGACAUUGCCAACUCUGAAGACAACCCCACUCCAGGAGUUGUGAUCAACAGGCCCAACGGCUCGGAUGUGUACAGUGGAGUCCUGAAGGACUACACCGGGGAGGAUGUGACACCGCAGAAUUUCCUUGCUGUGUUGAGAGGUGAUGCAGAAGCAGUGAAGGGCAAAGGAUCUGGAAAGGUCUUGAAGAGCGGCCCGCAGGAUCACGUGUUCGUUUACUUCACUGACCACGGAGCUCCCGGCCUGCUGGCCUUCCCUGACGAUGAUCUUCAUGUAAAGGACCUGAAUGAGACCAUCCAGUACAUGUACAAACACAAAAAGUACCAAAAGAUGGUGUUCUACAUCGAAGCCUGCGAGUCUGGGUCCAUGAUGAGACUGCUGCCCACCGACAUCAAUGUUUAUGCAACUACUGCCGCCAAUCCCAAGGAGUCAUCCUACGCCUGUUACUACGAUGAGCAGAGGUCCACGUACCUGGGGGACUGGUACAGCGUCAACUGGAUGGAGGACUCAGAUGUGGAGGACUUGACCAGAGAGACUCUCCACAAGCAGUAUCAGCUGGUGAAGUCCCACACCAACACCAGCCACGUCAUGCAGUAUGGGAACAAGACCAUCUCUACCAUGAAGCUGAUGCAGUUUCAGGGUGUGAAACACAAAGCCAGUUCUCCUAUCUCCCUGCCUCCUGUCCAGCACCUUGACCUCACUCCAAGUCCUGAGGUGCCCCUCAUGAUCAUGAAGAGGAAGCUGAUGCAGACCAAUGAUCUGCAGGAGUCCAGGCGCCUUGUCGACCAGAUCCAAAGGCACCUGGAGAGCAGGAACAUUAUGGAGAAGUCAGUGCAUAAGAUCGUGUCCUGGAUCACGGGGUCGGAUGACGAGACGGAGAGGAUCCUGACUGAGAGAGCCCUGCUCACGGAGCACACCUGCUACCAGGCCGCCGUGUCCCACUUCCGCACACACUGCUUCAACUGGCACUUGCCCACGUACGAGUAUGCUCUGAGACAUCUGUAUGUGCUGGUCAACCUUUGUGAAAAACCCUAUCCACUUGACAGAAUAAAAUCGUCCAUGGACAAAGUGUGCCUUGGUUACUACUGAAAUUUUGCCUUCUUGCUGCUUUUCCAAGUGUGAGCCCCGUCCCAGAGAUUGUGCGCUGAUCAGAGGUGGAUGGAGAGGGGCAGGCCUGGGCUGCACCAGGGCCUUUCCCGGGGCUUCUCGCCUCCCCCGCCUCCCUGGUCUGCAGGCCCCGGUGAUGCUCUGAAAACUCCACGUGUGGUUGGUGCAGCUCCGCGUUGAGAAAGGACUAUUUGCAAGAGGCCGUCUUGCCCUUGGUGUUAGGAAGUGAGAAGUUCUCCAGGGCUCUGUCGCCCGUGAAAGAACCUGUUGGAAGCUGGGGCCUCUCUAGUCUUCAGAAUGAUUAUGUUGAAGGGCAACAGCAGCCCCAAGUGGAAAACCGUUUUUAGAAAAUAAUAUAAGUUUUGAUUGUUUUUAUAUUUUAUUCCUCAAUAAUGGACAAGCCCUUAACAAAUAAAGAGUGAAACUGAAGCUGAGUAUGAAUUUCAGGCCCUUGGCCUUGCAGUUUAUACCCCUGGCUUCAUCCCCCCCUCCAGCCACUCUGCGUCUGUCCUCCGCCCGCUCGGACUCUUCAGCUCCUGUGCCUUUGCUCCUUGCUCUUCCUCUUGCCCGGGAAUGCCUUGCCCUCCACUGACAGUCCUCAGGGUGUAUCUGCAAGUGCUGCUUCUCCCUCGAACCUUCUUCCUCCCCCCGUCCAUCAAAAGUCCUCUCUCCUCUAUCUGCAACUUCUUUGCCUCUCUUCCAGCAGGUGUCGGGUCUGGGGGUUAUCUCAGCUCCUCCCGGGCAAAGGGUGCCUGACUUCAUUUUCCUUUGCCCGGUGCCCCACACAGGGAGGUACUCACAGUGAGUUAAAGACGUCUAAGAGCAACACUACAGCCGUACGGUGGACUAUUAUGCAGCAGCGAAAAGGAACAGAGUACUGAUAACAUGCCACACAUUAGGGCAAGUGGAAGAAGCCUGUCACAAAACACCACAUAUUGCAUGAUGCCGUUGAUAUUUAUAGAACCAGAAAGUGGAUGAGGGGUGCCCGGGCCUGGGAAGAGAGGAAAUGAGAAAACAGUGACUGCUGUUGGGGAGGGGGAUUCCUUCUGAGGUAAUGAAAAUGUUCUAGAAUUGAUUGUGGUGAUGAUUGUACAACUCUUGAAUAGGCGGAAAUUGAAUUGUACACAUUAAGUGGAAAUUAUGUGAUUUGUUAAUUAUACUUCAAUAAAGCAGUUUUAAAAAAUAAGCCACAUAGCGAGAUGGCUGUUUGGAUAGCUAGCUGGAGAGAAAACAAAGAGCAAAGGUAAUGCCUACUGAACUUGUCACUCAUGACCACCUGGCUUCAUAUUGUGAAACCUGUCUUACUUGACAGUGACUGAUGCCUUUGAAGUUUGGAGUUAGGCACGGAAGAUGGGAUCCUGGCAAAUAGGGUAAUGGCUGCAAAUUCGAGGGCGAUACUUUGUUUCUAAUGGGCCAAUUUUUUUUAAUCAGCACAAACAUCCUUUCUCAGUAAGGUCCUCAUAGGGCUAAUCAGUGGCUUCGGGAUAAAGAACUCUUACUGUCCUCGGGUUUGGGAUGUUCUGGGUUCUGUGUAACAAAUGCAGGACCAUGGCGUGUGUGUAUCACUAAUGUUCAACAUGGGCAACCCUCAGUGCUGGCUGAUCUCCAAAGAAAUGCAAAGACUGGAAAGUAGACUCUUUAAAGGGAGUAUCUUAAAAGGCCUCAAGAUCCAGGUGGUAGAAGGUCUGUUUUUUGAACUGUUAACUACCCUCUUGAUCCUGCUUCUCCAGUUGUCCUGCCUGUAGAAAAAAAGUAUACUUACCAGUUUAACAAAUACAGAAACGUGAACGUUCAUGGUUCUAAGGGGUAAAGCAGUCCGGCUGGUGUGGCUGUGGUUGAGCGUCGACCCAGGCACC